GCUCAGUUACUACAUUGAGCUUAUCUUCCGUGUGCUUUGCGAUGCAAAAGAGUUGGAGGAGGACUUUGGGGAUGAGGUUGCCCUGAAGCCAUUCUUAAAGCAUCGGAAUCUUGUUGGGCGUGUACAUCGGACCGCUGAAUUGAUGAGUAGUGGUGCUGCGGCUGCUGCAGACAACCUUUUUUCGCUUGAAAAGCUGCUUUCCACUCAGGACACUUCCGGCCUGCUUGCGAUGAUGGAACAAACCGGGUACGUGUCAUUUAGUAUAGUUGCGGCCGUCAAGUAUGCACAGCGAGAAUUACGAUGUGCCGAUGAGGGAAACAGGAAGCAAUUAAGGGACCGGUCCAUGGCCGCAUCGGGAAACUUUGUUUAUAGCUGGAGAAGUGGUAGCGCUCUUCUUCUCCAACAGGCCAUGACUCUAAAGAAUUGGUUUGUAUUCACUCCCAUGAAUAUUUUAACAUGCCACGAGUCUGUCCGUCAGUUUUACCGGCGUUGUGCCGUGCGUGCCCCGCGUUUCGUGGAAGCGUCUCGUGAGGAAAUAAAAAACUCCCUUUUUCACUUUUUACAGAAGACUUACAUCCCUAGUUUGUACGUCUUUCAUUUGCAGCAAUUGAGACAGCUGUUUGCCGACAUGUCCGAAGCGGAGAGUUUUACAGAUGAGGCGUCUGCAGGUGAGGGAAAUGUACGCAAAUCGCCGGUGCGGUCACCGUCGUCCUUCCUCUUGCCCAUAGAACCGCUUGUACACCACCAAAAGGUGCAACAGGAGGGAAUAAAGUGGCCCAUUGUCACGCUGCGUCAUGGAGGCGAGAACGGGUACCCAAUUCUAACGUGUGUUCAUUACGUUGGUCAGGUGCUACAAAAGCUCGCUCACAUAUGCAGGACACUGCCAGACAAACUUGCGGAGGCGAUACAGCAAAACGUCACGGAGACACUGCUGUCAGAGCUCACCAUUGUUCUUAAAAAGAAAUUUUAUCUCAUUUCACAUCAGACGCUAUACCAUUGCCUGCUUCAUACAGACUUUGAAGAAGCAUUUGCUGGGCGUCCCAGUGCACGGUGGCAGGCGCUGAGUGAAGAAACGCGUUUAUGGGACGCCCACAACGCCGUUGACGCAGAUUUAUUUAGAUAUUACGCGUUUAAUAACGAACGACGCACCAGUGGGCAUCAAUACAAUCACGUUUCUCAUGACUUUUUGGGUUGUGAUGUUAUGGAAAAUUCAAAAGGGGGAAAUGAGAGUGGUGUGGAUGCAAGCAUUGGCGCCAUUCCUCCCGCGGAAAUUGCACUAAAGGGAAGUGGUGUGGUUGUAGCUUUGGCCAUGCUCUGUUAUUCCAUGGAGUGGCUGUGUGACGUUGUUCUUCAAACGGUUUGGCAGAACGGUUGGCAUUACGGCAUCAGCACCGAUUGCCUCGUUCCGGGCACGGUGUUUUUUAAACGUCACGACCGGUGGUCAACCUCUUUGGCAGCAACAAAGCCAAGCGAUAGUACGCGCUGGACGCGUCUGGGUGGUAUAAUGCGGCAGAUGUAUACCAUCUCGCAGGUAUGUCUUUUUUAUUUGUCUCUGGAAGCCCGUUUUGCGGCUUUUCAAUACAUUCCGCAGCUGCGCGAUGAGUCGUACAACAUUGUGGCGACCACACGUUCCCCUGACACGUUUGUUCAGGCCUACAACCGUCGUAUCAUUAACUUUUUUGCCCUUUUAAAGUUGCACUUGUCGGAGAAGAAAUUGAAGUACGUGGGCAUCACCGUUGCCAAGCCGCUGAGCGAACUGAUCAUGGUGGAAAUUGCACACCUCCGUGACAAGGCCAUAUCCCAUGCUGGAUUGGCGAGGUUGCGGGCGAACCUCCUCUCCAUAGAGACGGCGCUACAGUUGAUUCUUCCCACCGACGAUGAUGUCCGUGGUGCGGUAAAGCAUUAUUUUUUACGUCCAGCCACUUUUCUGCGUCAUUUGCCGAAUAAAGACGUGGCCAACGACCUCAUAACCAGCGGAGAUUACAAGCACUUCUCGAUGCAUGAGAUGGAGGAGCUCAUUCGACUUGUGUUCCGCCGGGAGGCAAGCGAUGAGUUUGUGACAGCGCAAAUACAGCUCCUGCGUGUGAAGCUGAAAAGUGUAGCCCCUGCUGUCGCCACGCCGGAAAUGACACCAUCGGCAUCGUUGACGGACGAAAACUUGCUCCCGGCAGAACACAACCCGCAACAAUUUGAGAGGGGUGAGGGGAGUGAAGAAGAAACCGAAGAAGAGGGCGAAGAAGAAGAGUCUGAUGCAGUCUUGCAGCCAGGGGGGCGGGGGCCUUCACGCCACGUGGAUCCCACGACAAAAAUGGCAACCUCGCCUUCAGCUGACUCACAAAAUCCUGUGUUUCCGACGGGGCCGAAGCUUGCGGUCACGAGACAUUAA